AUGACCUACGAACGCAGAACCUCACAGCCAGAGAACCCAUUCUCAAAGCUAGUCCCCGCACAGACAAUCGCCAUCAUCCCCGAAUUCACCCUCGACUCGGGCCACGUCCUCUAUCAAGUCCCAGUCGCUUACCGUACCUGGGGCUCCUUGAACGAAGCAGGAGACAAUGUCAUGAUCAUCUGCCAUGCCCUCAGUGGAAGCGCCGAUGUUGAGGAUUGGUGGGGUCCGUUGAUGGGACCUGGACGUGCUUUUGAUCCUGCAAAGUUCUUUAUCAUCUGCUGCAAUGUUCUCGGCUCACCCUACGGCACUGCUUCACCCGUCACCUUGAACCCAGAGACAAAGGUCAGCUACGGACCUGAAUUCCCCCUGGCCACCAUCCGCGACGAUGUCAGACUUCACAAGUUGAUUCUGGAUGACUUGGGAGUCAAGUCAGUGGCUAUCUGUAUUGGAGGUUCGAUGGGAGGAAUGCAGGUUCUAGAGUGGUCAUUCUUUGGACCAGAUUACAUCAAGGCUAUUGUGCCAAUUGCCACAUCUGCGAAACAUUCUGCCUGGUGCAUCAGUUGGGGCGAGGCCCAGCGUCAGUCGAUCUACAGUGACCCCAACUACCUCGACGGAUACUACACUGCAGAUGCCCCACCAUCGGUCGGUUUGGGCGCAGCAAGAAUGGCAGCAUUGUUGACCUACCGUUCACGCAACUCGUUCGAGUCCAGAUUCGGACGUAAGGUCAUGGACCAGCCCACGUUCUCUUCGGCUCGCGAGCCCGCCUCCCCUGCCGAAGCCCAUCACCAGAUCCAUAACGACGGUCAUAAGAGGACCAGAGGCCACGUUUCUCGCAGCAGCUCAAUCGACAGCACCAGUAGCUUGCUCGUCGCCAGCGCCAAGGUCUUGGCCUCAGUCACCGGAGAGACUAUCGAUGAGAACAACAGUAAUGACAAGAAAGGGACCGGAUCAGGAUCGGAUUCUGCAACUGAAACCACUAGCACUAGUACCAAUGGCACCACAACUCCGUUGUCGACCAACUCGACCUUAACUUCUACUAUCAGCGCGACCCCUGUGGUGUUGAACAAGAACAAGAGCAAGAAGCCCACAGUGUUUUCGGCUCAGAAUUAUCUCCGCUACCAGGGAGACAAGUUCAUUCACCGCUUCGAUGCCAACUGUUACAUUGCAAUUACUCGCAAGAUGGAUGUGCAUGAUGUUUCUGAAGGUCGUGGCGAACUUGUUGAUGUUCUUGAUAACAUUGUCCAGCCCUCCCUCGUCAUUGGUGUGGAGUCGGAUGGUCUGUUCACGAUCUCGGAACAAUACGAGCUUGCAGAACACUUGCACAACUCCGAGAUGGUGGUAGUGCAGUCACCCGACGGUCACGACGGAUUCUUGCUCGAGUUUGAACAGAUCAACAAUGCGAUCCUGUCGUUCAUGUCGAAGCACCAGCAUAUCCGCGACAUCCUCAGCAAGGAGGGCAUUCAGCCCGCUGCCGAAGUCGGUGCCGUUGUCAAGGAGUCGCUCUUUGGCGAGAGCGAGAUCGUCAACUGGUAG